AUGUUGAUCGAGUUUGUUAUCCAGUAUGAUAAAGUUGUUGAGGCUCGACGGGCGGCUGAAGAAGAUGAAGACUUUAAGAGCAUGAACUCAAAGCCAGUUUUUUCUUCUGUUAAUCCAAUGGAGGCAAAAGCAAGUUCACGUUACACUAGAAAACUCUUUGAUGCAUUCAAAAAAGAAUGGACAGAAGCUACAUUCAAUUUAACUCAUGAGACGGUAAGCAAAAUUUCAAAAGAAGUCAUAUAUAAGGUUGGCCAAUUGGGUAUUGAUAAAAUAUAUUGGAGAAAUGUUACUUUCCGUCUCUCACAAAAGAUAGAUGUGACAUGUUCAUGUGCAAAGUUUGAAACAUAUGGAAUAUUAUGCAAGCAUAUCUUAUAUGUUUUGAAGAAGAGGCACAUUGAAACUCUUCCCGAUCAUUAUAUUUUACCUAGAUGGACGCUUGAUACCAGGUAUAAGUUGGAUAAUAGCAAUAUUGGGCUCGGAAAUAUACAUGGUGAAAGUGAAGUUAGUGCGUUAACAUUAUGGUGUGUUCAGGCAAAUUUCAGAAAAGCAAUCGAACAUGCACGAGACUCUCCAUUUGAGAUAAAGAAACUAAAUACCAUAUUGAUGAAGUAUUUAGAUGAACAAAGUAAUCGAACGAAGUCCAAACAAUUUGAGAUUACAUCACAAGAUUCUACUGUGGGAAGUUCACAAGUAAACAUGAUGCCUCAAAUUUCUAUCCGGGAUCCAUUAGUUCAUACUAAUACUAAAGGGCGUCCUAAAAUGCAACUAGAAUCAAAUCUUUCCUUGAAGCACCAAAAAAGAGAACUUGUUCCUACCGUCAGGGAAAGGGUCAUAAUAUCACCGGAUGCUCGAAAAAAAGGCAGAUGCUGCUUUAAAAGAAAGAGAAAGAUGAUGUGA